UUGCGCCGCCGGAGCGGCCGCAGCGCCGGCAGUCGUCGGAGGAAGAAGCAGGCGGGCGGGAGAGGAACGAUGGCGGAGGGUGUCGGUGCAGAGCAAGAUAGCGAAUAUUCGAGACGCCGCCGCCCGCCGCUGUCGCCGCAAGACAGCGUCCACGACGUGACGGUGAACGUAGGUGGCGCCGGCGAGCACACUGUGCGAGUCGACGCGUCAGAGCGACGAUCGUCGCGACCUGAAAUUCCCCCGCCCCUCCCACCAAAUCUCCCACCUCCAGCCCCUCCAAAGGGCUACGAGGAUGACGAAUGGCCAGACAGCAAUACGGUAGUGCCGCCGCCUCCGGGAUAUGAAGGUGCUGUCAAUGGAGACCGCGACCACACUGUUCAGGACACAUCUAAGCCGCAAUGGCGAUCGUCAACACUUCCAGUAGGUGGCGCUCCUCCACGACAAGGCGACGUCGAUAGAUAUGCAACAACUGAACGUCCAGUCUCAAGUGUUUCCCUAGAGAGUUCUGUCGAGGGUGACAAGAAAAAACACAAGAGCGUUUUCCGAGGAUGGUUUCACAGGAAAUCUAAGGAUAAGGAUGGCAAGGGAGACCAGAUGUCAGAUUUGAAGGCAGACAGAGUGUGAUGUGUACGAUAUUCACGCGGCAAAAGUGCGUGUUUCUCACAGCUCUACCUGGUGGUUGUUUAGGGAGAGAUUAUAAUUAUCUGGUUGUGGUUUACCUGGUUACCUAUAGGGUUUUCUAUAUAAAACAACGGUUGUGAGAAUCUGUGAUGUCUUUUUUUUUAAAUGUCAAAAAGCGGUCUUUGCGCACUGAAACUUUGUAUUCAUGCUGUCUGUAUGGGUUUCGCGAAACUAAACCAGUGCAGUGUACAUUCCUUCUCACCACGCACAAAAAUGUAACAAAACGUCCACGUAGCACUGGUGGUUUGUGAGAUGUGCAACAGUUUCACUGGCACUAGAGCCCCCCAACCCCGUACACUAUCAUUUUGCUUGAAUACAUGUAUAUUGUAGAACGCAUGUUGGGGCUUUUGUAUUGUUGUUAUACACUGUUGUAGUCUGUAGUUGCACCUUUAAACGUUAAGAAUUUCAUUAAAAUUUAGCUUCGGUGUUUUUUUUUGUAGAAGGAAAAUGUCCUUUUUAAUCGCUAAAUGGACAAUACCAUUCAGUAUAUGGAGGUUGUGCACCUCAUGAUUGUAAGCAGACAGGAGUUCCAGUGAUAGAGUUGGGCUCUGAUAGGCAAUGAUCUGUGCCUGUAUAUUGUUGUUGGCCUAAGCAAACUUUGUCUGCAUCCAUAUAAUAGAAGGCCUGCAGUUUUAUGACUUAGUGUCUACAGGUUGUGAAAUUCGCCAUUCGACAUUGUUCUCGUAUAUAUAUAUAUAUAUACACGAAUUAAUAUACACUUAUAUAUUAUUUUUGGGGAUCAUAUAUGGGAUCGUCUUAUGUGUUGGACCAAUGUAAAUUUUACAUUUGUUAAGUUAUGCAGCUCUACACUGUCAAGCAUAGAAUUCAUUCCCCAUCUGAUCAGGAGUCUAUCAAUAUUGAUACGACUCAAUAUUGAUACGAUCAAUUUUCAUACGAUAUUGAUACGAUCAAUAUUGAUAGACUCCUGAUCUGAUGCAUUCAAACAUUGACAUUCCUCAGUAUGUUAACCAAAUUUCUUUCUUCUGUGACGAAGUUAUUAUUACUCUCUUAAUCUUUCCUUGCUGUAGCUAUAAUUGGGCUUUUUAUACCAUGGUUUACCUAUGGCUCAUACUGUGUACCUAAUAUUAUUGUAAUAUUAUUCAUAUAUGAAUCAUACUAGUAACUAGUUCAAUAUAUCACACUGUCAAUGUGAUUUAUUAGUUACGACUCUCAACGAAAUUGGAAUUGGUAUGGAUAAUUUCUUGUUAGUAAGUCUGUAACAUAUUUAAGUAGUGAGUUAUAUGAUAUAUCUGGUGAUAAUUAAAUUGAUUAUUUCUGAUACAA